UUCACUCACCUAUACAUACAGCGGCUUGUCUCUAUAUCUCACCACUUUCUCUCUCUUUCUUUCUCUCUCUAUCCCUCUGGUAUCUCCCCGAUGUUCUCUCCGUUGCCAAAUCGAAAAAAAUCCGCAGGUUUUAGAUCGGGGAAAUCGAAGCCCUAGAAUGUGGUGAAGUAGGGUAAGUUAGGGUUUCGUUGUAAUUGGAGCGAUCUAGGGUUUAUUCGGUGGCUGGUUUCGAAAUUCCUGUUGGAUUACGGCGAAUUGAAUAGAUUUUGGUUUUUUGGGGGUUAACCUAAUCGGGUUACCGCAAGCGUGAGGAUUUGGGUGAAGUGAGAUAUCAGUUUGGGGACGAAUUGAGGGUUUUUGUGGUGGAGAUUGAGGGCGAAUUGAAGGAUUUGAUAUUUGAAGUUGGGAAUUGGGAAUUGGGAAUAGUUGGGAAAAUGCAAAAGAGCAAAUUUUAUUAUGCGUGGGAGGGUUCAGCGGGAGGUUUGGAGCUGUAGGAAUUUGAGGACUAGUAGUCAGCACAUGCAUUCGGCCCUUCCCUUGGUGACUUCCGAGAAUAGCGUAGCUGUAUCGAGCAACAAUCAAUCUGUUCCUGCUUCCAUCACAAGAGUUUCGAGUGAUUCCUUCUUCAAGGACGGUCGGAAGAUUAGUGUUGGAGAUUGUGCACUUUUUGAACCCCCGCAAGAUUCCCCCCCGUUCAUUGGUCUGAUUCGUCGGUUUGCAGAAAGCAAGGAUAAUAAUUUGCUGUUAAGUGUUAAUUGGCUUUAUCGACCUGCUGAAAUAAAGCUUGGUAAAGGCUUUGUUGUAGAAGGUGCACCAAACGAGAUAUUCUAUUCAUUUCAUAGGGACGAGAUUCCUGCUGCAUCUCUACUUCAUCCGUGUAAAGUUGCAUUUCUUCCUAAAGGUGUAGGACUUCCUGCUGGGACAGCAUCUUUUGUUUGCCGAAGAGUUUAUGAUAUCACGAACAAGCGUUUAUGGUGGCUGACAGACCAGGAUUAUAUUAAUGAACGACAAGAAGAAGUAGACCAGCUUCUGCACAAAACAAGGGAAGAAAUGCAUGCUACAUUGCAACCUGAUGGCCGUUCUCCAAAGCAAGUACAUGGUCCAACAUCGACCUCACAACUGAAGCCUGCAUCUGAUAGCGGUCAGAACAGUGGUGCCUCUUCACAUUCUCAAGUAAAGGGGAAAAAGAGGGAAAGAGGGGAUCAUGCGGAACCUGUCAAACGAGACCGCAAUCUAAGGAGUGAUGAUGGUGACUCUUUUUCGAAUAAAAUUGAUAAUCUGAAAUCGGAGAUCACAAAAAUAACAGAAAAAGGAGGACUUGUGGAGUUGGAAGGUGUUGAGAAGCUUGUCCAAUUGAUGCAGCCGGAUAGAACUGAGAAAAAGUUGGAUUUGGGAAGCCGUUCCAUUCUUGCUGGUGUAAUAGCUGCAACUGAUAAUGUUGAUUGCCUAAAUUGGUUUGUGCAGCUUAGGGGUUUACCUGUAUUGGAUGAGUGGCUGCAAGAUGUUCAUAAGGGAAAGAUUGGAGAUGGGAAUGGUUUGAAGGUUUCAGAUAAAUCUGUGGAGGAAUUUCUUGUAGUGUUACUCCGGGCACUGGAUAAAGUUCCAGUUAAUCUUCAAGCUCUUCAAACGUGUAACAUUGGCAGAUCAGUUAAUCAUUUAAGAUCACACAAGAACUUGGAAAUUCAGAAGAAGGCAAGAAGUUUAGUGGACACAUGGAAGAAACGCGUUGAAGCUGAAAUGAUUAGUAUCGAUGCGAAGAAUACAACAUCACAUGGUCCUGUGUGGCCUCCAAAAUCACGCAUUCCAGAUGCUCCUCAUAGUGGAAACAGAACACCAACUGGGUCUGAUCCAAGCCCAAAAGGUUUGGUUUCACAGAAUUCUGCAUCGAAAAUUCCUUCAGCAAGGUCUCCACAUGGGGACAGUAAUAUGAAAUCUGCUACUUCAUCUCCUGGACAUGCGAAAUCAUCAUCACCUUCAUCUGGUAAGGAAAGCCUGCCAAGAAUUUCUGUCGGUGGCACUCCUGAUUCUCCUGUUGUUCGGGAGGACAGGAGUAGCAGUUCUAAUCAGUCUCAUAACUGUACCCAUUCUGUCCCAGUGAAGGAAGAAGGAAAAAGUAGUGCCGUGGCUCCAGUGACUGGUAAUAAAAUGUCUGGCAGUAGCACCCGUAGUCGAAAAGCUAGUGGUUUUCCUGGGUCACCAGCAACUGGAAGUCAGAAAGAGAUAACCUCCACUAGAAGUUCUUCUACACAGAAGAGCACUGCAUCAGAAAAGCUGUCUCAUCCUUCCUUGAGUAGUGAAAAGGAAAAGGCUCUUGAGGGGCCUCAAACUGAGGGGGCCAGUGGCAAUAAGGUUAUUGUUAAGAUACCUUUCCGAGUACGCAGUCCUGCUCAUGGAGCUGUUGGAGAGUCUCUAGAAGAUUCUUCCACUGUAAACAGCCAAGUUUCCUCUCCUGUGCAUCCUGAUAAACAGGAGCAGUUUCACCGCCCAUCAGAGGACAAAAGAGAGACUCACCGCGAUAAUGUUGGUUCAGGCAUGAAUAUGAAUACAUGGAAAAAUGAUGAUGUAAAAGAUGCUGUGACAGGAUCUGCUGAAGGUGCUAUAUCACCUGCACCUCUUCCUGAUGAAGAACAAAGUAUGACCACUGAAGACUCGGUGAGGUUAAGUGAAGCACCCUCAACAAAUCAAGUAAAAUCUGGAAAGCUUCACCCAUCGUCUUUCAGUCCCAUGAAUGCUUUGAUUGAGAGCUGUGUUAAGUAUUCUGAAGCAAAUACCCCAUAUAUCGAAGAUGAUGGUGGAAUGGACUUACUUGCCAGUGUGGCUACUGGAGAAAUGUCAAGAUCGGGCUUGGUUUCACCUGCUGAUUCUACUGAACAAGGUACACCUGCAGUUCAGGAAGUUGGUGAUGAGGUAAAAUCUAAGCCUUGCCCUGAAAAUAAUGCUGAAGGAGUUCAAAUCCAGUUUGGAAAUGAUGCUGAAAGCAAAGACAAGAAGCCAGCUGUUUCAGAUGGUGGUUCGUGGUCUGACAAUGGAUUGCAUUUAUCUAAAGAUGCACUACCUGGUUACUCUGGCGACAGAAAAUGUGCUGCAUCGAAGAGUUCUGAAGAACUUGUUGGAGAGGGCAAUAGGCAAUUUGAUUCCAGCAUGGAUGCGGAAGGCAAGGCUGAUGUUAAGAUGGAAAUGAAAGAAAAGUUGAAUCUGAAAACCGGUACAUCUCUGGCACCCUCGGCACUUGCAGAGAAAGUGAGAGGUGGUGAACCAAAUGAAGGACUUCAGGGGGUAAAUGGGACUUCGUGCUCAGCUGCUAGUGAUAAUAUUGUGAACUGCAAAUCAGGUGGAGGUAAUUUUAUGAUUAGACAGGAAAAAGCGAUUGUGGAUACUCUAGAGGAAGGAAAGACAGUUGCCGGAGAUGUAGCGUCAGAUCUAUCAUCUCAUCGUGAACAGAAAGAUGACACAAAUGAAGGGCAGGAAGCGAGAAGUUUACAGCACACUAUAACUUCUGAGUUUGCAGAAAGAGCUAAUGAUGAAAAAUUGAAGUCGGUGUUGGAAGCUAGUGAUCAUGCCAAAGAUGAAGAGCGUAAUGAAAAUGAUUCGAAGAAUAGCUUAGGGAAGUCUGACAAAUUGAAGCUGGAGAUGGAGGUGGAUGGCAAAGCAGCUAGUGAGGUCCAUAGCUCAGUUAGUUUGUGCUAUUCAUCAAAUGAACUGAAGAAUCAUCAGAAGGAGGUCAGUGGAGAAAACAAGGUAGUUCUGGAGCAUAUUUCAGUCUCGGAGAUGGUUGGUACUACUGAACGUGAAGACUUGAAGGACAAAACGAAAGGAACCAGACCUGUCAACAAGCAACCAGAUGAAGCAGAUGGGCAUCCGUCCUCUGCCGCUGCAACAACAUCAGAUGUUGAUGUCAAAAUGAAGUUCGACUUAAAUGAAGGGGUUGUUUCUGACGAAGGCAAAUUUGGGGAGCCUGUUAAUUUAUUGUCCUCAGACACAGCAACUGUCCAAAUGAUUAACUCUCUGGCAUUCCCUGUGAAUUCCACCCCCAGCGGCCAUACUGCCUCCAUUACUAUUGCUGCGGCAGCAAAAGGUUCCUUUGUUCCUCCAGAAGUGCUCAGAAAUAAAGGGGAACUUGGAUGGAAGGGAUCUGCAGCUACCAGUGCAUUCCGGCCUGCUGAGCCCCGCAAAGCUCUUGAAAUAUCAUCGAGUUCAGCAAAUAUAUCAUGCCCUGAGGCUUCUAGCAGUAAAAGUGGUCGAUUUCCAUUAGACAUUGAUUUGAAUGUACCAGAUGAAACAGCUCUCGAGGAAAUGGCUUCCCAAGAUGCUGCUUUUGCUGUUGCCUCAACAACUAAUUUUACUAGCAAUCGAGCUCUGCUAUCCAAUGAUGCCCCAGGUUCUUCUACAACAGUUCGAGGCUCAUCAGGUGGGCUGGAUCUUGAUUUGAAUAGAGUUGAUGAAGCAAGUGAUAAUGGGAUCUGCUCCACCAGCGGCAUUUACAAAGGAGAAGCACCUGCUGUGCAUGUUAAGCCUUCCGGUAGUUUGCCUUGUGGUGACACCCGGAGGGAUUUUGACCUCAAUGAUGGGCCUGGGGUCGAUGAAGCUUGUGUUGAACCAUUCUCUAUCAAUCAUCAAAUCAAAGGUGUUAUGCCACCUCAGUUGUCUUCGAUGGGCCUUAGAAUGAACACAGCGGGGCAGGGGAGUUUCUCUUCUUGGUUUCCAGCUGGGAAUACUUACUCAACCAUAGCAGUUCCUUCGAUGUUACCUGAUCGAGGGGAACAUACUCUUCCAGCUUAUCCACAGGCUGCAACUCAGCGACCAUAUGCCCCUUCCGAAGUUACUGCAUUUGCUCCAGAUGUUUUUCGAGGAUCAGUGUUAUCAUCUUCUCCUGCUGUAUCUUUCCCCUCAAGCUCCUUUCCAUACCCUGUCUUUCCUUUUGGCACUAGUUUUCCUCUCCCUUCGGCUUCUUUUUCAGUUGGGGCAGCUCCAUAUCCGGAUUCUUCCUCUGGCCCAAGGCUGUUUGCACCUCCCGUACAUUCACAGCUUCUGGGACCUGUUGGUUCAGUUUCUUCCCAAUUUCAGAGGCCUUACAUGGUAAGCCUUCCUGACAGCAGCAAUCAUGGAUUGGAGAACAACAGAAAGUGGGGCCGACAAGGCCUGGACCUGAAUGCGGGACCUGGAGCUGUGGAAAGUGAAGUCAGGGAGGAGAUGUUUUCUCUGUCAUCAGCUCAACAUUCGGCUGCCAAUUCACAAGCGUUGGCUGAGGAUCAGGCUAGGAUAUAUUCAGUUACAAGUGGCGUUAUGAAGAGGAAGGAGCCCGAAGGAGGGUGGGAGAACGAGAACUUCAGAUACAAGCAGCCUUCUUGGCAGUAGGAGUCUGAACUUUGAAAAUUCAUAUCCUGAUGUCCUACAAGUGGAUUGUGAGCAUGCCGUGUUCAGUUCAUGCCCGCCUCUUCUGCAUGUCUACCAUAUAAUCUGCUUUCCAUACUGCCCUGGCCUGUAGAUAUUUUCGGUGCAGAAAGAAUUAACUUUCUUCUGGUGGGAUAGAGGGUACUGAAGAUGAUUUGAUGAUGUGCAUAAAUAGUUUGUUGCAACAUAUCUCUCUGGCUCCUAAUUAUUUCUGAGGAUGCUGUUUUAUCUUUAGAACUGAGAAGAGCAAAAAAAAACAAAAAAAAAGUCGAAGCCCCUGUGAACUUCAUAUUUUUGCUUUUUCUUUUUAAACUUUUUUUCCUUUUAUCCAUCAUUAACUUUGAUACACCUCUUUUUUCAUCUUAAAUUAGAUUUUUUAGCUUAAA